AUGACAUUACCUAAAUUUACUGAAUUAUAUGUUGUUCCAUUUCCAACAUUACUCGGUGACGAUAGUGAUGGUUCAUUCACACGUCCAUAUUCAUCCCUGCAGCAAGCUCUUGAUCAUAUCGAACAUAAUUAUUACCGUAGUAUUAAUUUACCUCGACAAACAACUAUAUAUUUAUAUCCAACUUAUCAUUUCGUAAACAUUCUUCAUUUAAAUAGAGCUCAUAGUCGCAUACGACUAACAACAAUGAAUGAAGAUGUUAUUGAUUUUUAUGAAGAAUUUAUUCUACAUGAACAUAAAUAUCGACGAUUAUCCAGGGCAAGUAUUAGUGGUGGAAUGCCAAUAACUGAUUGGAUUGCAGUUGAUAAUAAUGUCUAUAAAGCUAGUGUACCAUCGACAAUAUUUGUCAAUCAAUUAUUCGUUGACAAUCAACGUAUUGUUCGUGCACGUAUACCAAUGAAUCAAUCAGAUUAUCUUCAAUAUGAUGCACCAUUACAAGAUCCAAAUCAAGCACGUUAUGGUUUUCAAUAUGUUCAAGGACAAUUUGAUUCUAUUCCAUUAGAUGAUGCUAUGGUAGUCAUAUAUCAUAGUUGGACUACAUCUCAUCAUUAUAUCGAUCGACUUAUUACGUCAAAUAGAACUAUUUUAUUUACGAAUCCAUCUGAUCGUCCAAUUGGAACAUUUAAUAUACAAGGAAAACGACGAUUUCAUAUUGAAAAUAUUUGUCAAGCACUUGUUUCAAACUCAUUUUGUUUUGUCAAUAUAACAAAAACUGUCUAUCUUAUGACAGAUGGUACUUAUGAUCCAACCAAAGUACAAAUUAUUACAUCAGUAAAUGAAUUUGUUGUAUUACUUGCCAGUACUGAUGUAACUAAUCCAAUUAGUAAUAUAAUUAUUGAUAAUGUUGCAAUACAACAUAGUGCAUGGAAUAUUGAUCGUACACAACAAGCAGAUUCACAAGCAGCUGCAUUUCUUAAUUCUGCUCCACUCUAUAUUGCUAAUGCAACAUCAAUCAUUAUUUCAAAUAUUGAAAUUAGUCAUACGGGUUCAUAUGGUAUAUGGAUUAAAGAAGGAACAACUAAUAUUAAUAUUUUCAAUUCAUUAAUUACGGAUACUGGUGCUGGUGGUAUUCGUAUUGGUCAAAUGAUAUCACCUGUACCAACACCAACUACGUCUAUUAAAAUAAUAUCUAAUGAAGUUAGUUAUGGUGGUAAUGUAUUUCCAAGUGGUGUUGCAAUUAUUAGUCAUCGUGCUAAUAAUGUUAUUAUUGCUGAUAAUAGUAUUCAUCAUCAUCGAUAUUCAGGUAUAUCUAUUGGAUGGGAAUGGGGUUAUGCUCAAUCUUAUACAAGUAAUAUUAUAAUACAAAAUAAUUAUAUUUAUAAUAUUGGACAACAUAUUCUUUGUGAUCAAGGUGGUAUUUAUACACUUGGUAUUCAACCAGGAACAAUUAUUAGUGGUAAUGUUAUUAAGAAUGUAUUUAGUUAUGCUAUUUUUAUGUGGGGUAUUUAUCUUGAUGAAGGUACAUCACAAGUUGUCGUUUCUAAUAAUAUUGUAUAUAAUACUGGUUGGGCUUCAUUUUUUCAACAUUAUGGUGCUAAUAAUACUAUUAUUAAUAAUGUAUUUGCACGUGCAUCACUUAAUCCACCAUCACAUCCUGAUGAUGAUGAUCCAGAUGGUGAUAUUCAUAUAUCACUUGCAGAAAAUCAUACAUCAUUAAUAUUUAUACGUAAUAUUAUCUAUGAUACAUUUCAAGGAGCAAAACAUUCGGUUUACAUAUCCAAUCCUAACGUAAUUGCAUCAUUUAAUGAUAAUGUUUAUUAUAAUCCAUAUGGUAGUUCAUUACUAUUUGGUCCACAACAAACAUCAUUUAUUGAAUGGCAAAAAACAGGACAAGAUAAUAAUAGUAUAAUAGCAGAUCCAUUAUUUAUUGGAAAUGUUAAUCAAUGUGAUUUUUUUACUAUUCGAUCUGAUAGUCCUGCAGCAAAACUUGGUUUUGCAAAUAUCACUAAACUUUCGAAAUGGACAUCCGGAUGUGAUACAAAUGAUAAUAAUCAAUUUUAUCAUUGGUAA